AUGGGCUAUGAUAAUGAUCCUUACCGUGAUGAGGAUGGCGAGCCAUUGAUGGACUUUGAUGAGGAUAUCCAAUCAGAUGGGGAUGAGCCGCAUCAGGAUUUCCUGGAUGAUGUGGAUGGUGCAGGGUAUGAUCGUGCUCAGCGAUCCCCGACUCCAGUGUACGAUGACUCUAAGUCGAAGCCCAGGAAGAGACUGAUAAAAAAAUCUUCGUCCGGUAUCGAAUCGGGUCCGGUGGAUUUUGGAUUGGAUGACGACACAGGUGAUGUUGGCCAGGAUUAUGAUGUUGAUGAAGUUGGGAUUGCAAGAGAAAACUAUUCGGAUGGCUCGAAGAGGAAAGAGGACAAAGGGGAUAAGUUGAAAAUCCUGGAGAAGAAGAGGAAGGGGGAGAGGAUGGAGGCUAAGAUCAAGUUGAGGAAGAGUGAAGGAGGGAGAAUGAGGGAUCAGGUGGCCGAUCCUGAGACAAAGGAGAUGUGGGACACGGUCGCUGGUGGUGACUCUGAGGAUGACCAAGACGGUGUUAGGACUCUGGAUGAUGAUAACUUCAUAGAUGACAGUGGUGUGGACCCUGCUCACCAUUAUGGAAGUGACAAUGAACAUUCCCCAAGUCGCGCACCCCAGGCUGAAGAAGGAGAGGAGGAUGACGAAAUUAAGGAACUCUUCAAGAUGGGCAAGAAGAAGAAGAAAAAUGAAAAAAGUGCUGCAGAAGUUGCUUUGCUGGUUGAAAAUGUCAUGGCUGAAUUAGAAGUUGUGGCGGAAGAAGACGCUGAGCUAAAUAGGCAGGGAAAGCCAGCAAUAAAUAAAUUGAGGAAACUUUCUCUUCUUGAAGAUGUCCUCUCAAAAAAGCAGCUUCAGCAUGAAUUUCUAGAUCAUGGAGUUUUGACGCUCUUAAAGAACUGGCUUGAGCCACUACCUGAUGGAAGCUUGCCAAAUAUAAACAUUCGAGCUGCAGUUUUGAAGAUUCUGAAUGAUUUUCCAAUUGAUUUGGAGCAGUACGAUCGGAGAGAACAGUUAAAGAAGAGUGGACUUGGGAAGGUCAUUAUGUUCCUGUCAAAAUCUGAUGAGGAGACGACAUCCAACAGGAAACUGGCUAAAGAGUUGGUUGAUAAAUGGAGCCGGCCAAUUUUCAAUAAGAGUACAAGGUUUGAGGACAUGAAAAACUUUGAGGAUGAGAGGGCUUUGAGAAGGCCGCCCACUAAGAGGGUCAAUAAAGCAGCAGGAAUGUCAUCUCAAGAUGAUGACCUUGAUUUGGCCAAACUUUCCCAGGGUUCAAAAUCUGGGCAGUCAUCUUCUAGGCAGCAUGCUUCGAGGCCAGAAGCAAUGUCUAUGGAUUUUGUGGUGCGCCCUCAAUCUAAGGUUGAUCCAGAUGAAAUUCGGGCCCGGUCUAAACAGAUGGUACAAGACCCACGUCGGGCUAAGAUGAAUAAGAAGUUGCAGCAGUUGAAAGCACCAAAGAGGAAGCAGCUACAGGCUACAAAGCUGAGCGUCGAGGGUCGUGGCAUGGUGAAAUAUCUUUAA